AUGUCGUCGUUUCCUUCAUCGACCGAAGGACCCCCACCAUCCGAGCUGGCUGAUGACUGCCAUACUUCCGGGACGACCGGGAAGCUAUCCCAAGGAAGCGUACGACCGCAGCAAGUCGGCGGUAAUCUGGGCGAUCCCUCGGCUUCCACCAGGGGAGACGGCCAACCGGCCGGGAAGCCCAAAAGCUCGAAGCCCAGCAUGAAGGAGAUGAGCAAAGCGGAGCGGAGAGCCGUCCAGGAAAAGCAGCGUGCCGACAAGGCCGCAUUGAAAGGCUCCCCGGCCCCUUCAACUGCAGCCAAACCAUCGAGCAAGUCGGCCACCGCCACUCAUAAACCUACGAACAAUGCCCCAUCAGCCUCUCGUCCCGCCUCGACCGCGAAAAAGAGCCCGCUCGACCCGACCAUCGACUUCCCUCCCUCCCUCCAACUCUUUCUUCACCUCGAGUCCCCUGUCACCACCCACACGCUCAACGCUUCGCACAAGAACAACCCCGUUCUGCACCAUUCCAUCCUCCGUCUGGCUCAGCUCUUCGCACAAUUCAAGAUCGUCGGCUCCAACGCCCGAUGUAUGGCCAUGCUCGAAGCAUUCAAACACGUCAUCCAAUCUUACUCUCCUCCCUCAGGCACUUCUCUUUCCCGACAUCUCUUGUCUCACCUGUCGCCCCAGAUCGCCCAUCUUGUCCAAGCCAGGCCAUUAUCGGUCAGCAUGGGCAAUGCGAUACGACACCUUAAAGGGGUGAUCAGUCGGAUCGGUAUGGACACGCCGGAUGAGCAGGCCAAAUCUUACUUGUGUGAUCGGAUCGAUUUGUUCACACGUGAUCGGAUCGUGGUCGCAGACAAGGUCAUCCAAUCACAUGCAGUGACCAAGAUCAAAGAUGGCGAUGUGAUCAUGACAUACGCCAACUCGUCGAUCAUUCAGGCAGUCCUUUUACAAGCCCACCAGGAAGGCGUGAAAUUCAGCGUGGUUUUGGUGGACUCACGGCCGGCCUACGAGGCGAGGAACUUGCUCAAGCUGCUGUCCAGCGUGGGCAUCCAUUGCACUUACGUCCUCCUCACCGCCAUCGGUCCCGUUCUCCGCACCGUCAACCUCGUCCUCCUCGGCGCCCAUGCGAUGCUCGCCAAUGGCGCCAUCUAUGGCCGCGCUGGAACGGCCAUGAUUGCCAUGAUUUCCAAGACCUACGGCAUCCCCGUCGUCUGUUGUUGCGAAACUUACAAGUUCAGCGAACGGGUCAUGCUUGAUAGUAUUGUCAGUAACGAGAUCAGCACUUCCCAAUCAAAUAUCCCGCCGGCUUCAUACCACCAUCUCUUCAAGUUCCCAUCCACCUUGCCGACUCCGCCCCAAGAAAACGAGGAAGACACAGAGAUCCAAGAGCUUUCGCUGUUAUACGAUGUCACCCGGCCGGAAGACAUCACGAUGGUGAUCACCGAGGCUGGGAUCAUCCCUGUCCAAAGCGUGCCUGUCUUGCUUCGGGAUUAUAAACCGCUCUUAGCCGAGUGA